CGUAGUUCCCCCUGGUGGAGCCUCCAGUCAGCGGCGGAAAAAAAAUAUGGCUGCCCGGAGUAGCUGCUCAACUCUCGGCCAAAAGUGAAGUAAAAGUCCGGCGUAUCGCUUGCGAAGAGGUCUCGGUUGGGAGGCCUUGUGGAAACCGGGGAAGGAGCUCGGAGAAUGUCUCGCUGGGUACCCACCAAGAAGGAAAAGUACGGCGUUGCAAUCUACAACUACGAUGCCCGCGGAGAGGAGGAGUUGUCGCUGCAGAUUGGAGACACGGUGCACAUACUGGAGACACAUGAACACUGGUACAGAGGGCAUAGGUUGAGGAGGAAAUCCAGAAAGGGCAUCUUCCCCGCCUGUUAUAUCCACCUGAAAGAAGCCACUGUCGAGGGCAGCGGACAAAAAGAGACGGUCGUACCCACCGAGUUGCCUUUGGUGCAGGAAGUCACCACUACGCUGCGGGAAUGGGCUUCAAUAUGGCGGGACCUUUAUGUCGGUGACAAGCGCGAGAUGUUCAACACAGUACGGGACAUGAUCUAUGACCUGAUUGAAUGGCGCUCCCAAAUCCUCUCGGGUACGCUGCCACAAGAUGAACUCUCCGAGCUGAAACAGAAAGUCACGUCCAAGAUUGACUAUGGCAACAAGUACUUGGAUCUGGAUUUGGUUGUUCGGGAUAAAGAUGGAAACAUUCUGGACCCGGAGCUCACAAGCACUAUCAGCCUGUUCAGAGCACAUGAAACGGCGUCCAAACAAAUUGAAGACCGCAUCCAAGAGGAAAAGUCACAGAGGCAAAAUAUCGACUUGAACCGGCAAGCUAAGUUCGCCUCCACGCCGGCGUUCGCCCUCUUUGUUACGCUCAAGAACGUGGUGUGUAAAAUCGGAGAGGACGCCGAGGUGCUCAUGUCUCUCUAUGACCCGGUAGAGUCCAAGUUUAUCAGUGAGAACUACCUGGUGAAGUGGUCUAGCUCAGGUCUGGUGAAGGACAUCGACCAGCUUCAUAACCUACGUGCAGUCUUCACUGAUUUGGGCAGUGAAGACCUGAAGCGAGAGAAGAUUAGCUUUGUUUGUCAGAUCGUGCGGGUAGGCCGCAUGGAGCUGCGAGACAACAACACCAAGAAGCUUACGUCGGGGCUCAGGAGACCCUUUGGCGUGGCAGUCAUGGACGUCACUGACAUCAUCACGGGCAAAAUGGACGAUGAGGACAAGCAGCACUUUAUCCCUUUCCAGCCGGUGGCGGGUGAGAGCGACUUUCUUCAGACGGUUAUCAACAAAGUCAUCGUGGCUAAAGAGGUCAACCACAAGGGCCAAGGCUUGUGGGUCACCCUCAAACUGCUACCUGGUGACAUCCACCAGAUCCGCAAGGACUUCCCUCACUUAGUUGACCGCUCAACUGCCGUGGCUCGCAAAAUGGGCUUCCCUGAGAUUAUCAUGCCGGGCGACGUGCGGAACGACAUCUACCUGACCUUGGUCCAGGGUGAUUUUGACAAAGGGAGCAAGACCACCCCGAAAAAUGUGGAGGUCACUAUGUCCGUUUACGACGAGGACGGCAAAAAACUGGAGAAUGUUAUUUUUCCUGGCGCCGGUGAUGACGGGAUCAGCGAAUACAAGUCGGUCAUCUACUACCAAGUCAAGCAGCCACGCUGGUUUGAAACUAUUAAGGUGGCAAUUCCCAUAGAAGACGUGAACCGCAGCCACUUGCGCUUUACUUUUCGCCAUCGGUCGUCACAAGACUCCAAAGACAAAUCGGAGAAGAUCUUCGCCUUGUCUUUCGUGAAGUUGAUGCGAUAUGAUGGGACCACCCUGAGGGAUGGCGAGCACGAUCUCACUGUGUACAAGGCUGAAGCUAAGCGUCUGGAGGAUUCGUCCCUGUACUUGAACCUGCCUGCAACUAAGCUGGAGCUGGAGGAGAAGGGCUACUCCAGCACGAGCAAGAGCACCCAAAACCUGGGAAACUGCACUGUCAGCAAGGAUUCCUUCCAGAUCUCCACUUUGGUGUGCUCUACCAAACUCACACAAAAUGUGGACCUCCUGGGCUUACUGAAGUGGCGUUCCAACACCAGCCUCCUGCAGCAGAACCUCCGACAGCUCAUGAAGGUGGAAGGCGGCGAGGUGGUCAAGUUCCUGCAAGACACGCUGGACGCCCUCUUCAACAUCAUGAUGGAGAAUUCAGACAGCGACACAUUUGACACACUCGUCUUUGACGCUUUGGUGUUCAUCAUCGGUCUCAUCGCUGAUCGCAAGUUCCAGCACUUCAACCCGGUGCUGGAGACAUAUAUCCGCAAGCAUUUUAGCGCCACGUUGGCCUACACGAAGUUGACCAAGGUUCUGAAGAACUACGUGGACAACGCCGAGAAGCUGACGGAGCAGCUGCUUAAGGCCAUGAAGGCCUUGGAGUACAUCUUCAAGUUCAUCGUGCGCUCUCGGGUCCUCUUUAACCAGCUUUACGAGAACAAAGGGGAAGCAGACUUCACCGAGUCUCUCAGGCACCUCUUCACAUCCUUCAACGAUAUGAUGAACAGCAACUCUGAGAAUACAGGAAUGGUGAAGGGCGCCGCACUGAAAUACAUCCCCACCAUUGUCAACGACGUCAAGCUGGUGUUUGAUCCAAAGGAACUGAGCAAACUAUUCACGGAGUUCAUCCUAAAGGUUCCUCCGGGUCGCCUGGUGAAGCAGAAGCUGGACUGUCUGAUUGACAUCGUCCACAGUGAUCUUUUUACCCAUCACGAUUGCCGCGAGAUUCUCUUACCACUGAUGACGGAGCAGCUGAAGUUCCACCUGGAGAGGCGAGAGGAGCCCAAGGCCUGCUGCCAGCUGCUCAGCGACAUCUUGGAGGUGCUCUACAGGAAGGACGUGGGUCCCACCCAGUGGCACGUGCAGAUCAUCAUGGAGAAGCUGCUUCGGACUGUCAACAGGACCGUCAUUUCCAUGGGCCGAGACUCUCCUCACAUUGGGAGCUUCGUGGCGAGCAUGACGGCCACUCUGAGGCAGAUGGACGACUACCACUACGCACAUCUGAUCAACACCUUCGGCAAAAUAAGGAGCGAUGUGGUGGACUUCCUCAUGGAAACCUUCAUCAUGUUUAAAGACCUCAUCGGGAAGAACGUCUACCCCUCGGACUGGGUCAUAAUGAACAUGAUGCAAAACAAGGUCUUCCUGCGGGCCAUUAAUCAGUAUGCAGCCGUGCUGAACAAGAAAUUUCUGGAUCAGACCAACUUUGAGCUGCAGCUUUGGAACAACUACUUCCACCUGGCCGUGGCUUUUCUCACGCAGGAGUCACUGCAGCUGGAGAACUUCUCUAGUGACAAGCGGGCCAAAAUCUGCCACAAAUACCAGGACAUGCGGCGGCAAAUUGGCUUCGAAAUCCGGGAUAUGUGGUACAAUUUAGGUCCGCACAAGAUCAAAUUCAUCCCCGAGAUGGUGGGCCCCAUCCUGGAGAUGACGCUGGUCCCCGAGAUUGAGUUGCGCAAGGCUACCAUCGCCAUCUUCUUCGACAUGAUGCAGUGCGAGUUCCACUUCACCUGCAGCUUCCAGAGGUUUGAGACCGAGAUCAUCACCAAGCUGGAUCACGAGGUGGAAGGCGGGCGUGGAGACGAGCAGUAUAAAGUUCUCUUCCAGAAAAUUUUACUAGAGCACUGCCGGAAGCACAAGUACUUGGCUAAAAGCGGCGAGAAUUUCGUCAGUCUGGUGGUGCGCUUGCUGGAGCGUCUGCUGGAUUAUCGCACCAUCAUGCACGAUGAGAACAAGGAGAACCGCAUGAGCUGCACCGUCAAUGUAUUGAACUUUUACAAGGAGAUCGACCGUGAGGAAAUGUACAUUCGGUAUUUGUACAAGUUGUGCGACCUUCACAAAGAAUGCGACAACUACACUGAGGCGGCUUACACGCUGCUGCUACACGCCAAGCUGCUCAAGUGGUCCGACGAGCAGUGCGCCGCCCAUCUGACCCAGCGAGAUGGCUACCAGGCUAGCACUCAAGGCCAACUCAAGGACCAGCUCUACCAGCAGAUUAUCAAUUACUUUGACAAGGGCAAGAUGUGGGAGGAAGCUAUCAUCUUAGGGAAGGAACUCGCCGAGCAAUACGAGAAUGAAAUGUUUGACUUUGAGCAACUUAGCGCAUCCUUGCGCAAGCAGGCUCAGUUCUACGAGAACAUCGUCAAGGUGAUCCGACCCAAACCGGACUAUUUUGCAGUGGGCUACUACGGCAUGGGUUUCCCGUCCUUCCUGCGGAACAAAAUGUUUAUCUACCGCGGCAAGGAGUACGAGCGCUGGGAGGAUUUCGAAGCUCGCCUCCUCACGCAGUUCCCCAACGCUGAGAAGAUGAAGACAACCACGCCACCUAGUGAUGAUAUCAAGAAUUCUCACGGACAGUAUGUCCAGUGUUUCACAGUGAAACCUAUCCUGGAUUUACCCGCCAAGUUCCAGAACAAGCCCGUUGCAGAACAAAUCCUCAGCUUCUACACAGUAAAUGAAGUCCACAAAUUCCAGUAUUCACGGCCAGUGAGAAAAGGCGAGAAAGACCCGGACAACGAGUUUGCGAACAUGUGGAUAGAGAGGACCACAUACACGACUGCCUACAAGCUGCCGGGCAUCCUCCGCUGGUUCGAAGUCAAGUCUGUGUGCACGGAUGAAAUCAGCCCGCUGGAGAACGCCAUGGAGACCAUGCAGCUGGCCAAUGACAAGAUAAGCAGCAUGGUCCAGAAGCACCUCAGUGAUCCUAACCUGCCUAUCAACCCGUUGUCCAUGCUGCUAAAUGGCAUCGUGGAUCCCGCCGUUAUGGGGGGCUUCGCCAACUAUGAGAAGGCCUUCUUUAACGACAAAUACACCCAUGAGCACCCAGACGACCAGGACAAGAUCGACAAGCUGAAGGAUCUCAUUGCAUGGCAGAUCCCACACCUGGCGGAGGGCUUGCGCAUCCACGGCGACAAGGUGACUGAGGCGCUCCGGCCCUUCCACGACCGCUUGGAGGCCUGCUUCAAGCAGCUGAAGGAGAAAGUGGAGAAGCAGUAUGGCGUCAAGACGCUGCCGGCAGUCGACGAGCGUCGCGGUUCUCGUCCACACUCCAUGAUCCGCUCCUUCACCAUGCCGUCCUCGCAGCGGCCACUCUCGGUAGCCUCCGUCACUUCCGUUUCCUCGGACAACUCCCCCUCCAGGCCCGGAUCGGACGGCUUCGCGCUGGAACCACUGCUGCCCAAGAAACUGCACACCAAGUCGCAGGACAAGCUGGACCGCGACGAGCCCGAACGCGAGCGUCGGGAGAAGAAGAAGGAGAAGCGCAACAGCAAGCAUCAGGAGAUCUUCGACAAGGAGAUGAAGACCACCGAGAUCGCCGUGCAGCCCGCCGAAGCCGUCAUACUCUCCGAGACGAUCAGCCCGCUUCGGCCUCAGAGGCCAAGAAGUCAAGUGCUGAGCCAGAUCGCGGGAGACCGCCGACUCUCCGUGUCGCCGGGACCGCCCGCGUCCAACUCGGCGGCGUCCUCGCCGGGACCGCCGCCUAUCACGCCGCGCAGCAAGCUUUCCUUCAGCUUGCACUCUGUUUCCAAUCUGGAAGUGAACGGGAUUGGCUGCGCUGACAAAGUGGAAGUCCCGCCUCCUCUUCCCGUCAAAGGAAGCACUGCUGACUACGGCAACCUUCUGGAUAAUCACGACUCCAGCACCCCCGCCACUAUCGCCACCACCACGCCGCCCCCACAUCAACGGCAUUUACCGCCACCGCUACCUAGCAAGACGCCACCGCCGCCACCGCCCAAGACCACCAGGAAGCAAACAUCCAUCGAUUCGGGAAUUGUACAGUAAGCACAAAGACGCCCUCAAAAUGGUGGCUGCCCCCCACAAACACAUCCGCACAUUCCUGGCACUCCUGACCCACAUUGACAAAAUGAAUACCUCAUUGCGAUCCUUUUGAGUUUUUACCUUCAUCAGUCCCACUAUGUAUUGUACAGAGGUUUGUAUAUAUGAAUUUAUUUUUUUUGUACGUGAUUCUUUGUAUUAACGCAUUAUUAGACCCCAAGUGGCAUUUUUACAAAAGAAACAAACCAACAACAACAAAAAAAGGGCUGACGAGUGACUGGUGAAAAGUUUGGCGUGCGCAAAGCGGCUUACUAAAAAAAGUGUAGGAUUUGCAAUAGGAACUGCUCGAAAUUCACUACUGCCACCACUUCUGAAUAAAUAUUCACAUUGUAUGGACUUUUAAAGCAAAACUUGUGUGCUGACUCCUUAUUUUGACCACUAACAGAACAAAAAAAAAAAAAGGUUUAAGACACUAACAUUGUUGUUUAUUUCCUUUUUUCUCUCUGUACAUAUUGGCUUUUCUAAGUCAGGAUAUUCUUGAUGAAACAAAUAGCUUGCUUUCAUUAUGUUUAAUCGUUUUAACCUGUAUGUUGAAGAUUUGACAAAAGGAAAAUGUGUUUUUUUGGUAUGUGUAAGCAAAGAUAUCAAUAUUUGAAGUUGUUUCAUAAUUUCAUUUAGUUCAAAAUAACGCCCAAAAAUUAAUUUCAUUUCAACUACAAACUGAAUACAAACCAAGCACACUUUUAAGAAAAAAAAUCAGAACUAAAAAUGACUAUCAAAUUUGAAUAAAUAUAUAACAGGCCAUUCAGGUUAAAUAUUUUGAUACUGUCAUUUAUGUGUUUUAUGCAAUGUUAUUUACAACUAGUGAUGUAAAAUAUGCAUUGAAAGUGAAGAUAACCUAAAUUGUCUAAAAGUCUUUUUGCCAAGAUCGUCAUCCAUUGAAUAUGGUAUGUCGGCUGGUGUCGUGCCAAUGUAGUUACCCCAGUCAAAAAUUGAAAGUUGCUCCAUUAAAAAAAAAAAAAAGUUGCUUCAAUCCAAAUAUA